UUCGGCAGAAAUGGCAGAACCACCUAUCAAGCGCUCUCAGCCAACACAACUGGCGAGGCACACUUGGGAGGAGCUGAAGCCCCAAAUUCUCGAAAGGCAACAGAGACAGCUUCUGAGCUUGUUGGCCAACUCAGCCAGACGGAAAGGUCCAGUCUUCUCACAUUAGCAGCCCAAAACUACCCGGGAGUUAUGGCCAUGCUGAACGAUGCGGUCAUUGCUAUGCGUGAGCGCGAGCGAUCCAGCGUUGUCAAUUUCGACAGCUAUUCGAGCUCUGUCUGGAGAGAAAUCAACAUCACUUACAAAUCCAUGCGCGGCGCAGCACAGUAUGAACAAUCAUUUGAAGUUGCCUCGGAUGUCGCCCACGAUAUCAAGGCAAUCGCAAAGCAUGGCGAUGUUAUUGGCCGUGAGGUGCGAAACAGUUACGAAGUGAGCUCCGCUCUGGUGAAUGGGAUGCGCAAUAUUUUCCAAUCGAUGGGGGAAGAUGAGAUUCAGUCCAUCAAGGAUCAGACAGACCAGGAGGUUCUUUACCCAAAAUUUGUUGAGCUGCACGAAAUAGCUGGGAGUUAUGGCAUUUUCAACGGGCUUGGGGAGGUAAUUGCGAUGCUGGAAGAUGAAUAUGACAAAGGAGCCGAGGAUGGCGAGGAUGAUGGAGAGGACGGGGUUGAAGAUGGCGAGGAUCGAAGUGAACAACGCGAAGUGAUAGUCUUGGACGAUUGA